UCUUUGGAAUCAGCUGUAGCUUUCUCUGCUCUGUGCUACAACAAGACUUGUCUCUCUCUCUCCGUACAGCGGGGAGAAUUUCACACCAGAAAGUACAACGCGAUCUCUCUGGACAUCCUCUCUCCAGUCCAGACGGACCUUUGAGAGACCCUUUUGGGGACUGGACUGGGGCUGUCCCCAAAAAGCGACGACAGGGUUUGCCACAUAAACUUUAUUUGAAGGAUACAUUCCACUACCAGAUUCUUGAUGCAGCAUACAAAUAGAUUUAACCUGAGAAGUAAGAGUUGCAGUUUGGUGAAAAGCGUUGGGACAGCAGCUGCUCCAUGCGCAUAGGAAGCUACAAUAAUGAAAAGCACAAUUUGCCAUUAAUCAUAAAAGUAAUCUGAUUUGGAUACAAUACACGGUUUAUUGAUUCGCGUUUGCAGAGUGAUAAUUUGCUCUAUUAGAAUGAUAAACGUUAAGUGGAGCAACCCGAUCCCAUGCAUCCGCACGAGAAGAGUCGGACAGAAACGGGAGGACUCAGAAACGGGUGAAGAACUGGUGUCUAAAUGCGCCAGGCUGAGUGAGUCUCCGGGGGACGCGGGGCUCCUCGGUAGCUCGCCAGGGUCACUGCUGUCCCCGGUCCCCUUGAGCGGCCCGACCCAUCAAGGUCCGUCCCGGAUAGGCCAGUUUCUGCUCCUACAUAUGGCUGACAGGGACAGGAUGCACAGCGCACUCAACAUUGACACUGGAGACGCGCUGGUGUGCAAGGUGUUUGACAUGGGUCUGUACCAGGAGAAGAUCCGGGCCUACCGCAUCCUGCCGGUCCACAGGAACAUCAGCUGUAUCCGAGACAUUGUCCUGGGGGAGCGUUGGGCAUACGUCUUCCUAGAGAAGGACCACGGGGACAUGCACACCUUCGUUAAGAGCUGCAAGCGUUUGGACGAGGAGCGGGCGGCACAGCUCUUUCACCAGGUGGCGUCGGCCGUGUCACACUGUCACCAGCAUGGCGUCGUAUUAGGAGACCUGAAGCUACGCAAGUUUGUCUUCUCUGACAGGAAAAGGACCCAUGUGAAGCUGGAAGGCCUGGAGGACUGCAGGGUUCUAGAAGGAGAAGAUGACUCCAUGUCAUACACCUAUGGCUGCCCAGCCUAUAUCAGCCCAGAGAUCCUGAACGGCUCCAGCUCCUACUCCGGGAAGCAGGCGGACGUCUGGUCCCUAGGGGUGAUGCUCUACACUAUGCUGGUGGGACGCUACCCUUUCCACGACCCAGACCCAGCUACCCUCUUCUCCAAGAUCCGCCGGGGCCAUUGCUGCCUACCCGAGAGCCUCUCUCCCCGGGCCAAGUGCCUGCUGCGAUCCCUGCUGAGGAAAGAACCGUGGGACAGACUGACUGCCGCCGAGGUGCUUAUCCAUCCGUGGUUCCACACCACCGCCGCCAACGGACAGGAAACAGGGGUCAGUGAACAGGAAGUGGGCUCAGUGGAACAGACAGUGCCUUCCUGUGAUGUGGAAGAGGAGGAUGAUCUGUUCUGUUGAUCGAUGGGAUGCGUCACCGUGACUAACUCAACCCCUCGAGUGGAAUCGGACCAAAACAUGCUCAAAUGUUACCUUCAAGAGGGUUUACAUUUUUAUUUCCAUUUGUUUUUGGAUAAUGGUCUAUAAUAGUGUUUCAUCUAUGUGUGUUAGAUUAAGGGAAUUGUGUGAAGUACUCCACCAUCAUUGUGAGUUGUGUGUGUUCACAAGAAGUAAUUUGGUGCUAAAAACCAGCUCACCGUCACAUGACGAUGUUUUAUUAGAGUAGAUUAGAGAUACAAUCUGCUGUUCAAACCGACACCCUGACACUGUUUUGGUAAAUAGCUGAGGGAAUAACAGAGUAGAAACUCAGGGGCUAAUAGAGGUGUGGGAAAGUGUAUAUUUGUACCCUGAGUACUGAACUGACAUCUGUCUAUUUCUACCCUGAGUACUGAACUGACAUCUGUCUAUUACUACGCUGAGUACUGAACUGAUAUCAGACUAUUUCUACGCUGAGUACUGAACUGAUAUCAGACUAUUUCUACGCUGAGUACUGAACUGACAUCUGUCUAUUUCUACACUGAGUACUGAACUGACAUCUGUCUAUUUCUACGCUGAGUACUGAACUGAUAUCUGACUAUUUCUACCCUGAGUACUGAACUGACAUCUCACUAUUUCUACCCUGAGUACUGAACUGAUAUCGGACUAUUUCUACCCUGAGUACUGAACUGACAUCUGACUAUUUCUACGCUGAGUACUGAACUGAUAUCAGACUAUUUCUACGCUGAGUACUGAUCUGAGAUCUGUCUAUUUCUACCCUGAGUACUGAACUGACAUCUGACUAUUUCUACCCUGAGUACUGAACUGACAUCUGUCUAUUUCUACGCUGAGUACUGAUCUGAGAUCUGUCUAUUUCUACCCUGAGUACUGAACUGACAUCUGUCUAUUUCUACGCUGAGUACUGAUCUGAGAUCUGUCUAUUUCUACCCUGAGUACUGAACUGACAUCUGACUAUUUCUACCCUGAGUACUGAACUGACAUCUGUCUAUUUCUACGCUGAGUACUGAUCUGAGAUCUGUCUAUUUCUACCCUGAGUACUGAACUGACAUCUGUCUAUUUCUACGCUGAGUACUGAUCUGAGAUCUGUCUAUUUCUACCCUGAGUACUGAACUGACAUCUGACUAUUUCUACGCUGAGUACUGAACUGAUAUCAGACUAUUUCUACGCUGAGUACUGAAUUGACAUCUGUCUAUUUCUACGCUGAGUACUGAACUGAUAGACUAUUUCUACCCUGAGUACUGAACUGACAUCUGUCUAUUUCUACCCUGAGUACUGAACUGAAAUCUCACUAUUUCUACCCUGAGUACUGAACUGAAAUCUCACUAUUUCUACCCUGAGUACUGAACUGAUAUCGGACUAUUUCUACGCCGAGUACUGAACUGAUAUCAGACUAUUUCUACGCUGAGUACUGAACUGACAUCUGACUAUUUCUACCCUGAGUACUGAACUGACAUCUGUCUAUUUCUACCCUGAGUACUGAACUGAAAUCUCACUAUUUCUACCCUGAGUACUGAACUGAAAUCUCACUAUUUCUACCCUGAGUACUGAACUGAUAUCGGACUAUUUCUACGCCGAGUACUGAACUGAUAUCAGACUAUUUCUACGCUGAGUACUGAACUGAUAUCGGACUAUUUCUACGCUGAGUACUGAACUGAUAUCGGACUAUUUCUACGCUGAGUACUGAACUGAGAUCUGACUAUAUCUACGCUGAGUACUGAACUGAUAUCGGACUAUUUCUACGCUGAGUACUGAUCUGAGAUCUGACUAUUUCUACGCUGAGUACUGAACUGAUAUCGGACUAUUUCUACGCUGAGUACUGAUCUGAGAUCUGACUAUUUCUACCCUGAGUACUGAACUGAUAUCGGACUAUUUCUACGUUGAGUACUGAACUGUGCUGUGAUUACUGCUCCUCCUUUCAAAUCUGAGGUUCAAUGGCUCCAUCACCAUGGUUCGUCUGUCCAUUUGGCAGCCUGUUACCUCUAUAGGGCACCACACCACACCCUAUGGGCCCUGGUCAACAGUAAUGAAUUACAUAGGGAGUAGGGUUCCAUUUGUGAUGCCGACUAAGACAGUGAUGUUCCCUCUCUUUAAAGCUCAGUCCAGCACUCAUUUUCUUCUCGUAUGUUGUGGCCCAGGUAGUGUUUCCUCAAUGACGUUUGGCCAAAUUAAUCUACAAUCAACUAUUGGUUUUAUUAGGCAAGGCCUUUCAUUAUCUGUUGUUUUAUGUGAUCUUCUGAAAAGCUGUUUGACGUAGGGUGAACCACGUAUAAACUCGAUCCAGACUUUAACUGACACGCGUGCACAGCAUUUAUAGUGCGCUGUGAAUGAAGUAUUUGUGGCACAUUCUCAAAGCUUGACCACAUAGGUUAAAGAGGACAUAUGAUUCAUUGUAAAAACAUGUAAAUAUGUAUGUGGAGAAAUGUUAUAAAAUAUAUAUUUUAUAUUCA